ACUUCCGGCGUGCAUUCGCCUCCUCUUGCUCUCGACUGUUAAUGGCGGGCGGCGGCUGCUGAGCGGGACGCAGAUAACCGCUGCCCGCCCUGCGGAAGUCUCCGCUGGCCCCCGCUUUCUGCACGUCUCCUGUGUCGGAGCUGUUCAGCAUGUCUGUGGUGCCGCCGAAUCGCUCGCAGACGGGCUGGCCCCGGGGGGUUAACCAGUUCGGCAACAAGUAUAUCCAGCAGACCAAGCCCCUCACCCUGGAGCGCACCAUUAAUCUGUACCCACUUACCAAUUAUACCUUUGGUACAAAAGAGCCCCUUUAUGAGAAGGACAGCUCUGUUGCAGCCCGCUUUCAGCGUAUGCGGGAGGAAUUUGAUAAAAUUGGGAUGAGAAGGACUGUAGAAGGGGUUCUGAUUGUACAUGAGCACCGGCUACCCCAUGUGCUACUGCUACAGCUGGGAACAACUUUCUUCAAAUUACCUGGUGGUGAACUUAACCCAGGAGAAGAUGAAGUUGAAGGAUUAAAACGCUUAAUGACAGAGAUACUGGGUCGUCAAGAUGGAGUCCUGCAAGACUGGGUCAUCGAUGACUGCAUUGGUAACUGGUGGAGACCAAAUUUUGAACCUCCUCAGUAUCCAUAUAUUCCUGCACAUAUUACAAAGCCCAAGGAACAUAAGAAGUUGUUUCUGGUUCAACUUCAAGAGAAAGCCUUGUUUGCAGUCCCAAAAAAUUACAAGCUGGUGGCCGCACCAUUGUUUGAAUUGUAUGACAAUGCACCAGGAUAUGGACCCAUCAUUUCUAGCCUUCCUCAGCUGUUGAGCAGGUUCAAUUUUAUAUACAACUGAAUUCCUGCACAGGAGUAACGAAGCCGUCUCUGUGAGCACAGCUUACACACAUAGAAGAAUUGUAGAGAAUUUUUGGUUUUCUCUUGUUCCCUAAAUUGCCACCUCCUUCCUGUUUGAAGAGUAAAAUUAAUAUGAACUGGAUAGUAGUGUAAACAGUGUUCAUUAAUUGUUUGUUCUACUCAUACUUUUUUUGUACAUUAAAAAAGGUGAACUUCC